UUAUCUUAAUUACUGCAGGUGUUUAUUACUUUGGGUUAUUACGGUUGAGAUCGUAAAUCAAAGGUUUUAUGUGAAAGCUAAUGUUGAAAGGUAUAACGGUUAAAUGGGAAAAAAUAUAUACCAUGUAUGUUAUGAAUAUGACUGAUAAAAUAACGGUUAAUCUAGCGUAUGAGAACUAUCGAUAUAAGAAUUUGGACGUUAUGAUGGUGACUAUGUGUGUUAGUAUUAAUCUACGACUAUCGGUAAGAGCACGUAAGGCUCUCUUAUGGUAACUGCACGCUGGUCAGGUAGGGCGUAGGGAGGGCGCCGCCGUGGAUACCGGCUGGCACGUAACACUGCGGAAAAACUAAAAUAUUUUGAUCUCAACGCAGUGCGGUGCGGCGUGCCGGAGGUUGCCGCUGCCGGACUUGCGCCGGGCUCCUGAUUGGUCACCGCAGCAUUUGCCGGAGCUCAACGCAUACAUGGAGUCUUAGCUUUCCUCUCUUUCGCACUCGGGGACACUUUUUCCAUGCUUUUUCCGCUGCCAAGCUUUCUCCAUGGUGUAUGCUCUAAGCAAUCGUACGCGCUCCACUGUCAGUGAUAUUUUGUGUGGUAAGCGUGAAACCGACAAAUCCGACAGAAAGGAGUCUUACCGACGCGGAUUACGUUGCGAACUUCAUUAUCUUCAUGCUAAAGAGAGCCACCGAAGUUGCGAUCCCGAUCCUCAAACGACGCGAGUUUGUUUACUUGUCAUACAUUUACUGACAGCCAGAUAAAGCCACGGACUUGGUUAAAGCAAAACGAUCAGGAACGUCCGCAUAUUUUGAUAACAGGUGAAAAUGUUUCGGGAAACACCAAAGAUCGUAAUUGAAGAUGCGACGGCGCCUAGCGCAGCUUACGCCCCCAGCGUACGCAUGGAGGAUUUAAUUGAUAAGUUGAAAAUCCUCAAUUACGACACUGAAUUCGUACAAAAUAUGAAAAUGAAACCUAUAAACAGGCAUUACUUUGUUGUUGCGACCAAUUCGGGGGAGCAGUUUUACAUCUUUACUUCGCUUGCUGCCUGGUUGAUAAGGAAAAGUGGAACGAGUUUUGAACAGCCGCAGGAAUACGAUGAUCCAAACUCAACUAUAUCCAUGAUUCUCGAUCACCUCAGAGCUAUCGACAUUGCCGUCGAAUUUCCUCCAAACAAAUUAAAGCAGGGCGCUGGCGAGCAUGCUAUUUAUGUAUUGGACUGCCUCGCUGAUCAGGCUAUCAGAAUUGUCAAUUUCAAAUGGAAAAAAGUUGAAAUACCCCCAGAAGAUCCUACACCGGAACCUGAGAUAGAAGAUGACGAUGCGGAGUUGAUACUGGAAAAAGUUGAGGAGGAAAUGUUGGCUGAGUAUGAGGAGGAGGACGAGGAUGACGUUUUACAUGUAGAUGACAUAACUAAAUUAUAUGGACAAAAUAUGCUUGACAUUCAGAAGCCGGAGAAUAUCCUUGAGUCUAAAACAGACAUGGAAGAAUGGAAACUCGAAUUAGAGAGAGUCUUACCUCAGCUGAAGGUAACUGUAAAAACUGAUUCCCGAGACUGGAGAGCUCACUUGGAUCAAAUGAAACAACAUCGGUCAAACAUUUAUGCGAAUCUUGGCAAUACAAAGAGCCAAUUAGAGAGGUUGCAUUCCGACAUAGCAAGUACGUUGGAUAAGAUAAAAACACGAGAAAUGUAUGUAAACAGACAACUGGAGCCUGUCCUAAACGAAUUUCAAACAUUGCAAGAGGAAAUGUCGAAAGUGAAGGAACAGUACAGAGACGUCAGUGGUGGAGUGACUGAGAGAACGAGAACUCUAAAUAAAUUAACUGACGAAUUAGAGCAAGUUAAGCGAGAAAUGGAUGAGAGAGGAUCAAGCAUGACAGAUGGAACUCCCUUGAUAAAUAUCAAAAAAACGAUUACAAAAAUGAAGAACGAAAUCUCGGAGAUGAACGUCAGAAUCGGUGUUCUUGAAUACAGCUUGAUGUGCACCAGAGUUCGUGAUCGUACUCAACUUCAGGAAGAUAUGAACAGCACAAGCAGCUCGUUGAUGAUUUGAGGAAAAUUCAAGGUCAUAGAUACCUAAAGUUCGUGCAUAUUUUUCGUGUGCGACUGAAAGAUUUGCGGGGGAACUUUUCUAUCCGAUCAGUUAAUAUUACUGUCUUUGGAUUAUUACCUAGGUUUUUCAUACUUGGUAUUAGAAAUGGAAGUACUACAAACAGCAUAUCUGCAUAUUAUUCAUUUUCUCUUAUUGAGUAUUUAGUUUCGUUCCAUAAUAUGUCUGAAGAAAAUUUUUUCGGUAGCUGAAUCUCUGGGUGAAAAAGAACGGAAAACAAAUUGAUCAUAGCCACUAUUAAUUAAUCCGAAAGACGUUUCCUUGACGCUAUCAUAGUGCCUUGUUCACCACCGUUAUCAGUACCUGAGAUCCCACCGAAAUAGUUGAUAAGCUAUAACUAUAAACGGAAACUACAACCGUGUCUAGGUAAAGAUCAUUGCACGGUUAGUAAUAAGACACAUCGCAACUUAUAAACUAGUCAGCAUAAAUUGUUAUCAUUCCUUUGAUAUAAAUGUAUUUAUUAAAUUAAUGAUUCUCAGUC